AUAAAUGUAACUAUAUAAUAUGAAUGCAUGCUCUUACAGGGCUUGCUUAUUUAUUUAUCUUUUUAUUUAUUUAAAAAGAAAGAGAAAAUAGCUUGUUUAUAUUUGAAACAUUUUUUAAAAUGUUUCUAUUUAUAGUUUUAAGCACCAGGCAGCUCUUCAUGUCACAGUUACAUGAAUAAAACAUUUAUGUUCUUUAUUGCCGUUAUAUUUUCAGAUGAACCUGAUUGUUUAAAAAGAACAUGAUGCAUUGUGGUGUUCCCUCAUCGUGAAUGAGGUUAAAGAGCUCUAGACCUGCAGGUAACACUCAUUCACACACGCACACAGAGAAAUGUGAAAUAAAAAGCUGCACAUGUGUCUCAUGGGAGCAGCUGCAGGUUAAACAGUCGCUCCUCUCUGUCAGCGAUCUCCAUGGUGUCAGCAGAUGCUCUAUACACGCGUUAACUCAUUGCACCGACAGGAUAGAGACUUUCCAUACCCACAAUUAAUACAGCGAGGACCUCUGAGUGAGAGCAAUCCCAGAAUGCACUGCACAUUUUAUUCCUUUUCGGAUCAAAUGCACACAUGCAACAAAAAUUCUUUGAAAUAUAGUUUCUGAAGAAAAUGAGUUUUUCUGGUGAAAUAUGAGUUGGGGUGAUUGCUGGGUUGUUUGUUUAUUAACCCAAGCCAAAGAAAUUCACAUCAAAGUCUAUACAUGAAUAUAGUUGCAUUAAGUUAAAGUGUAACACUUACUGUAAUGUCUGGAGUAAUAAUCAACCUCCGCGUACUAGCAAAAUAAAAAGCUAUUGUAAGAACAUAGUCUCUCAUGGAAAAUCUCAGCAAGGCCUGAAAAUAUCGUGUGCAAAUGAGCAUUUUAGAGACUCGUUGUACAGUAUUUCAGGAAACGCUCUGCACUUCACGGAAUGAGAGAUCUUCUAGAAAGCUCUCCAGAUAAUUCUCCAUCCCCUCACAAGUGUUCACCGGCUCUAUUUAUGCCUGGUACACAUGACUGGGAUGAAGUCGCUGACAAACACGAAGAAGAGAUGACGACUUUGUCAUCAUUUAUUGUCGCCUUUUUCCUUCUAGGAUUCUCUUGUUCUUCACGGAGCGAGAGUUGUGUCGCAGGUAACGUCAGUUUGUCAGUGUCUGUCAGCAAUAACUCGAAGCUGCUGGUUGACUGGAACAGCGGGAGCAAACAGACGACCCAAUGUGCUCUGCUCAUCUCAACCGAAGGAAGACAGGAGAUACAGAUACACCUUUUACCAAGGUCUGGAUCGCUCCUGCUGGAAAACAUGACAGACAAUGGCAAACACUCCUUCUUAUGCACUUGUUUUGAACAAUCUCAGGGACUCCUGUGCUCCAAGAACAUAAGCUUUGUAAUGGGCCCUGUCUCUGCACCGCCUCUGGUCCUGAUGUCAAAUACUCAAAGCUCUGCCAGUUACAUCAGCAUGAGAUGGUUGAGCAGCAGUGUGUUUGGAACGACUUUAGCGACAUUCGUCAUUAUUCUAAUCUACAUUAUAUACAGAAGAUGGACGGGGAACGGUGUCUUCCAACUGCAUCUGAGAUAAAGAAAGAUUCACCAGGGAGA